AAAAAGCAAUGAACAUUGAAUAACCUUGCGUCAUUAGCGGGUCUCUAGGUUAAAUACAAACAUGGUGGCUGGCUUUGGUGAUUUAGGGAAAUCGGCGCGUGACGUAUUUGACAAGAACUUUACCUUUGGGUUACUCAAUUUCGAGUUCAAAACAAAAACCGAAAAUGAUGUAUCAGUCACAUGUGGGGGAAAACAUGAUACAACUGCUGGCAGAGUUUCCGGUUUCGUUGAGUCGAAACUUAAAACUGCCCCAGGAAUCUCCAUAAAGACUAAAGUGGAUUCAAAAUGGAUAUUAACGAGUGAACUUGAAGUGGAAAAGAAACUACAUGAGAACCUGUCUCACAACAUAAUUACCACUAUGGAACCGGAUUCAGGAGCGAAAUCACUGGUUCUCAAAAAUAAGUUCAAACAUGAACAUUUCAAUGCAAAUCUUGACAUGAAUUUUAAGUCUAAAUACCCACUCCUAACUGGGUCACUCGUCGUUCCUGUUCCUCACUAUCCAGCCUUUUGUCUUGGCGCUCAAGCAGUUUUCGAUAGCCAAAAGAAUGAGAUUAGCAAACAAACAUUUGCUUUGAACUUCAAGCAGUCAGAUCUGCAGGUACAUUGUGCAGUGACUGGAAAGUCGGACGUUGACUUGAGUGUUUUUCAAAAGUGUAAAGAUAUGAAGCUUGGUUUCCGCGUUGGCUGGCGUCCAGAAACUCGCGAAACUUCAUUUGGAGCGGCUGUUAGAUAUAGAACUAAUCCUACUGGUAAAGUAAAAUUGAGAAUCGAUCAAAACUGCUUAGUCGGGCUUGCUUACAAGUUGAAGUUGAACUCAGAUGCCAGCGUGGCACUAUGCACUCAAUUUGAUGGCAAAAAUUUGGAAAGUGGAAGUCAGAAAUACGGUAUUAUGUUCAAGUUUGGAUCGUAAUAUGAACAAGAAUGAUCUAGUUCGCGGUCUCCUAGGUUCAAUUAUGCUUAGACUCUGGUGCUUGCACCCUUGUUAGAUUUUACAAGUGUUAUACUAAACCUGUAAAUUAACCAUUAUCGUUUUCAAUAUGUCAUUGCUUUUCUAUGACGCUUAUCAUACAUAGUGACUGGGAGAUCCCAUUACGCGUAGUUUCCCAUGUAUUUGGUGAAGACCUAGUCAAAACAGCACGUAAUUUCAGUAAUAAAGUUAUUACUUUGCUGUGUUC